AUGCCUGCCGUUAUAGUUGAGCCUGUUCCUGCUAGCGGAGCCUCCCAAAACGGUCAUCAUGAUCACCUGGAUGCCGAAACGCUAGGGCUAGACCCCAGCUUCACCACGGGCUACCCAACACAGUCCCUGUCUUUCCUCAGAGGCAUGAAAGGAGUUGAUUCGAGCAGUGAAACUGCCUCUCAGCCACCUCAAGCCAGACUUAAACUGAACAUUGUCAUUGUCGGCGCCGGGCUGGGUGGGCUUGCCACCUCCAUUGCCCUGGCACGAAGGGGACAUUCUGUUAUUGUUCUUGAACAAGCCCCGAAGCUUGGGGAAGUCGGCGCCGGAAUCCAAAUCCCACCCAACUCGGGUCGUCUUCUGCGCCGCUGGGGCGUUUUUGCCCAUGCCGAAAAGCUAUUUGUUGAGCCGAGUUGCAUCAACUUCCGCCGCUGGCAAGAUGGCAACCUGAUCGGGUACACGGACCUCGACGAGUUUGACUCUUCGUUCGGGGCUCCGUACUGCGUGGCCCACCGAGCACACCUCCACGAGGCCCUGCACGCCCGUGCUCUCGAGCUUGGCGUCAAGGUGAGGCUGAACAGCUUCGUUGCCGCCUACAAGCCUGAUGAUGCGGCCAUUGAGUUGUCGAAUGGCGAGGUGGUCAAGGGAGAUUUAAUUGUUGCUGCAGAUGGAAUCAAGUCAAUUGCUAGAGACACAUUGCAGCCAGCACAGGCCGACAGCUCAAACUUUACGGGGUUUGCAGCCUACCGUGCCACAGUGGACGCUGAAAAAAUCAAGUCAGAUCCUGAGAUUGCGUGGAUUUUGGAGAAACCAUCACUGAACAUCUGGAUCGGCGAAAACCGGCACGUCAUGUCUUACACGAUUUCUGCAGGAAAAUCUUUUAACAUGGUGCUCUCACAUGUCGACCACUCAGACCCAUCCACAUGGAAAGCUGAUACUGCAGUGGCGGAUGUCAACAGGGAGUUUGCAGGAUGGGACCCACGCCUCACCAAGAUCAUCUCCCUGAUUACAUCCUGCAUUAAAUGGCCACUCAGGAGCGGCAGGAAACUCAAGUCGUGGGUCAGCCCCAGCUCGCGGCUCGUCAUCCUCGGCGACGCCGCGCACGCCAUGGUGCCAUACAUGUCCCAGGGUGCCGCCAUGGCGGUGGAAGACGGUGCGGCUCUUGCCGUCGCGCUCAACAACGCCGCGUCGCUCGAGGACCUGCCAGCGGCACUCGGCAUGUUUGAGGACGAGCGCAUCAAACGCAGCGGCGCCAUGCAGGAGGCCAGCAUGGUCAACGGUCUCAUCUGGCACUUCCCAGAUGGCCCCGAACAGGAGGCUAGGGACAAGGCUAUGAGGGCCGAAGUCGAGGGCCGCCCAUUCACCAGGAGCGCAAACCAGUGGAGCGACCCAGUCACCCAGUGGUGGGCCUAUGGGUAUGACGCCGAGGAGGCUAUGCAGAGAAGGUUCAAGGGGGCUGCGUUGGCUCACGUUUGA